AGCGCUGAUAAGCGGGCAGCCCACCCGCUGUGUCGCCUCCGAGUGCGUUCUGUGCAGGCAGGCGCCCUGGGGCAGUUUGUUCAGUGUUGAGGGCGAUGGAGCGUGUUGCUGAGGUGGUGCUGGUGACGCUCUGCGUGAUGGGUGGUUCCGUGGCCGUCCUCAACGACAGACCCAUCAUAGGCGUGCUUUCUCAAGAACUGGACAGUCACAUACUGGAGCGUUACCCAGACAACUACACCAGCUACAUUGCGGCCUCAUAUGUCAAGUUUUUGGAGAGCUCUGGGUCCAGGGUCGUCCCAAUAUGGAUUAACCAGAGCGCUCAGUACUAUGAGUAUAUAGUCAACUCAGUUAACGGAUUGCUGUUGCCGGGCGGAGCAGCUCGGUUCAACGUCACUGACGGAUACGCCACUGCUGGAUGGGAGCUAUAUAAACUAGCUAAAUUAAAGAACGAUGCUGGCGUUUAUUUCCCAGUGUGGGGGACUUGCCUGGGGUUUGAACUCCUGGCUUUUCUCUCCGCAAACAACACCGAGACACGGAAAGUGUGCAGCGUUAAACGCAUUGCACUGCCCCUUACAAUGAAGCCAGGUUAUCGCAGCAGUAGGCUCUACACAUAUGACCAAGAUGGCGUCCUGGACAUACUACAGGACGAAAGUGUAUUGUACCAUAACCACCACUGGUGCAUCACUGAGCAGAGUUUGGCGGAAUCAGAUGCGGCAGAUCAGUGGCACAUUCUGUCGAUCAACCAGUACAACGGUAUCGAGUUCAUAUCUAGCUUCGAGCAUAACAAGUAUCCGUUUUAUGGCGUCCAGUUCCAUCCCGAGAAGAACGCCUUUGAGUGGAAGGUCCAGUCAAUCCCGCACUCGGCAGAGAGCAUUUUGGUUCAACAAUUCUUCGGCAACUUCCUCGUCAAUGAGGCUCGGAAGAACAACAACUCCUUCCCCAGUAUCGAAGACGAGACAGCAGCCUUAAUCUACAAUUAUCCCGUUACAUACACGGGAGAUACUCUUGCGUUUGAGCAGAGUUACUUCUUUACACCAGUGGUUGCGAUAAUUACCGCCACUGACACAACAACCACAACCACACCCACAGCUUCUACUACCACUAUUGCAGCCACAACCGAAACCACAAACACAACCGAAAGCACAAACACAACUGCCGUUUCCACUGCCACCUCCGAGGCAGUUACUAAACCCAGUACUCCACCGCCAGCCGUCACGCAUGCGCAAUCAAAGGGCAAACACAGUGCCGCGCCUGCGGAGAACUGUGUUUCCUAUGCCCUUCUAUGUGUUACUGCGAUUUUAACGUGGGAACUGGCACAUUAGCGUGAACUGAAUUACGUUUUAAGACGGCUUUUCGAGCCCGAGUUUCGCAAAACUUUUGAGUUUUUGGAGGGAUUAAUAGGAAUCGGUCUUCAGCCAAAUAAAUUCGGAAACGGGAUGUUACAUGUGUAGAAAGUGUUCCAAAAAGACGAGACUGGGAGCGAGGGUCGUGUAAGUAUGAUGACGAUUUAUUAAUUUGUACAUCUCACUUCUGUCCAUAUUCCGAGACGUUAUCAGAAACUGAAAAACUCUUCGCAAACACCCGAAUUGGGAAUCCAACUUACAGAGACUUUGUUUCAACUAACCAGAGAAUUGUUUUCAGAUUCCGAAUUUUGGGAAUGUCAGUGUACAUAAUAUGGAAAUUCAGCUGUCUAGUCCUGCUGGCAGGGUUUUCUUGACAGAAUUUUGAGAACCCGCAUUCUCAGCUGUUCAGCGUUACAGUCAGUCAGACAAUGACAGCUGAAAUCUUCCACUGUUCAGCCGUCCCAACAUUGGAGUUGAUGUAAAGUAGAUACAAAACAAGGGAAACAGAAAAUUCUCACUUGCACAACUUCUGUUCUAUCUUCUGUGACGUGAGGCCGUGUAGUCUGGUAGAAAGCAUUUCUUCUGCUUGAAGCGCAAGACACACAUGCAAGCAGUUAAGUAGUGACAGCUUCCUUAUACCACUCCGAAAUGUCAAUAAACUGACACCAGACUUCACAGCGUCACAUCCCGGAAUUGGGAACAUCGUAUUCAAGGGAACAGCGGCUAAUUUCUCUGGCCUCCCUGAUAGUGACGAUUUUGUUCUGGGAUUUCUGCUAUCGAUUCAUUUUAGAGUGACGUUGUUUAGUACAUGACGCAAGUUUCGAAGAACUGUGCGAUAUAAUUCCUUGUAGUCCGUUCAAGGUCAACUGAAGUUUCGGAUGAAAACACUGAAGAUGAACCGCGAUAUUUUCGUUCGAAACGUCGAUUGACUUUCAACUGACUACUUGGCGUUACCUCCCACAAGAUACUGCUCUCCUUAACCACCGGCGUUAGAACCUCAAAUCCUAAACGCUGACUGUAGUUCUAUAAUUCUAUCUCUUGUCCUAUUUCACAUUUGUUCCACAAUUGCAGUGUUGUUUAAUGGGACACUUGUCUGCACCAUUUUAGCGAUAUAAAUAUUUCCAAUGUCAUAGAUUUACCGAGGUUCUUAAAACAGCUGACUGAUAAAGAAAUAUUUUUUGUAAUUUUGGAGCACAGUGUUGAAGACCACCCGAAGACCGAUUUUACUAAAAAUUUAACCUUGUGGCUGAAGGCUAAAGAUUUGGGUGCUGUGACGGAAAUGUCUGUUUUCGGUUGCUUACAUCUGUAUAAAAAUUUCACCGCCUCAACCAGAUCAGCAAACUUCGUACAAUCUCCCGUCUUAUCAAUAUCGGUUUUAAUAUUAUCCGCCCACCCACGUCUUGGUGUUCCUAGUGGUUUAUUGUGGCUUUCCCACCAUAAUUCUAUAUGCAUUUUUGGGAAAUUUAUAAAAUUUUAAAAUUAUUAAAAAAAAGUUGGAAUUCAACGUAAGUCUAAUCGAAUUAUCUGGUUGCCCUUUAACUGGAAACGAACCUGGUGACUGUCCUCGUGAAGCCGCCACAUUACAUUCGUCAAAGUAAUAUUGUGUCCAUAGGCGAACAGGGAAUAAUUCCAUAAAAGGCUAAUAUACGUUUAUAUAAAUAUAUUAUACAUAUGUAAAUAAUACAUACAUAGUUUUAUACAUAUCUAUACAUGGUGCUCUCGAGCAAAUUUUUGUAGAUAUCAGCAGAAGCGGCCGGGGAGAGAAGCUGACCACUCACCUCCAUCAAAUGCCGAGAUGAAAAAUGGUGGAGAUUACCUCCACUCUCCCUAUACGUCUUCAUGGCGUGGUGCAUGAUCAAGAAUAGGAACUACUUUACCUUCACCUUAAAUGACAAGAAAGACUUAAGUUUCUGUUGCUGGACAUGAGCAAACCAUUGGAAUACUACAUUCAUUCAGGGGAUGCAAAAUUUGGUGGGGGAGGGGGGAGCUUGAAUGUUACUUCUGAAAUUUUAGGAGUAUUCACUCGGUUGAUAGCGAAAGUUGAGGAUCAGUCAUUCAUGAUAUUUUAUCAAGUUUCUUUCCCAUUUUAUCCCAAGUUUAAAAGAAAAGUAAUGUUUUAUGUAACGUGUAAAAAUAUAGUACGCAAUAUAUAUAAUUUUUUAGUACGCAGUAUAUAUAAUUUUUUAGUCUAAUAAACUUUGUGAUUAGAAAGUCGUGUUACACUUUUUUGAUAGGCAUGCGAUUAGGCAGUCUUGUUAUGUUCGAAGUUCCAUGGCACAUCCUAAACAAACAAGUACGGCAUUUAGACUACUUGUAACAACAUGAUGCUAACAAAGAAGGGUGAGGCAUUUUCAUUCGCAAAUGAUACAACUGUAAACGAUAAAAAGUUUUCGGUUUGUGUGACGCAACAGCACUUCACAAUGUGCGGAAUAGAAAGACUGCCAUAAACUUAAGCCUUUAUCAUCUCCUGCCGUUGUUGCUUGAAUCUAAAAAUGUACUCCAUACUGCCUAAUUAUAUGAUUUUAUUUAAUAGGGCAAAUCUACGCCCAUUAACGGAACCGUCUGUGGAGAAAUGUUUAAAAAGUAACCGCGACAAAAACCAAAUUCAGUGUCUUCACGCAACUGGGUGGGUUACCAAAUGCAGGAAGAUUAAGAACUACGUUUGUGGCAGAGGGUUACAGAUGUUUUCUGUGCAAAGGUGGCAGCAGUGGAUCUCUGUAGAAUUGCGUAAUAAGAACAAGAUUAAGUAUAUUACAAUUUCAGUACAGAAUUUGUCUCUAAUAACAGUUGGAAUAAUGUCAGUUAUGCAGGGACACACGUCAAGAAUCUCUUAUUCAAACGUGGAAGUUUUAUUAACAAAAUAAAUCAUAACGCAAUUCUGUCUCGCGAUGUGGGCGCUUCAUGUCCAGCCGCACAUUGCUGUAACAUUGUUUGAGGGAUGGAAAACAUUUUAAAUACAUUCAAUGUUAACUGUAAGCAAUGUAAUUUGGUAUUAUAAUAAUGUGAAAUAAUCACUGUCACAUAUAAGUAGCCAUUAAGAUUGUAUAAUGGUUUCAAAUACACUAACUUUUGACAAAAAUUCAAAA